CUAGAAUUAUAUAUUCCACAUAUCAUCACAUUAUUUAUUUACGUUUGUUUGGAAGCACCACAAUGUCGCUUAUAUGAUGUUUAAAUAAUAUCUUUUUCGCACAUGCGCAAAAUGAAUCACGCAGGUGGACGUAUUCGACGGCACUCGGUCCCAUCGUUCUCAACUCAACUGCACUGAGAAUGACAAAGCCAAAAUUCAGACCUUGCCCUGCUUGCCAGGUCGAGAACCAGGCUAUCAGGAAGUGCUGCAGCGCCUGCUAUACAAACCUCCGCAAGACUAAAAAGAUGGAGGGCCUCAAAGACCGCCUGAAUAAUGCGUGGGGGCAGGGGGUCUGGAAAAACCGGAAUGCAUCACGAGUGGUGUCUUCUGCUCAAGUUGCAGUGCAGAAACUUGCUGCCUUGGGCUAUAUGCCCAUUUUAUUUAUGGGCAGAAAAAAAAAGAAUUCGUUGAUCGCCGAUAUAAAUUCUGGAAUACCACUCAAUGAGGAUACACAACCUUUUGUUGAUGCCAUGAAGAAGGCUUAUGAGUAUUUACUUAAAAAGCAAGGACCCCAGAUGCCUCCUUUACAUCCCCAGCCUGACCAGCAUAUCCAAACCCCAACCCAGCCUGACCAACAGAUCCAGCCCCAUCCUGACCAGCAGAUCCAAACCCAGCCUGACCAGCAGAUCCAGCCCCAUCCUGAGUCUGACCAGCAGAUCCAAACCCCAAUCCAGCCUGACCAGCAGAUUCCACACCAUUUUGACCAGCAGAUCCAGCACCAUUCUGCCCUGCAGAUUCAGACCCAUCCUGACCAGCAGAUCCAAACAACAACCCAGCCUGACCAACAGAUUCAGCACCAUUCCGACCAGCAGAUCCAGACCCAGACUGAAGCUCAACAGAUAGAUGAAGAUGUCAUCCUCAACCUCUAUUUUUUGCCCUCUCCAUCCCAUGUCCAGACUCACUCUGAAGCUCAACAUCUCCAGGUCCAGCCACAGCCCCAGCAAAUUCAGCCGCUGACUGCAAAACCAAACCCUCCAAAAAAUAAAAAAGGGUGCCGAAAAUGCAGCAGGCAAAAAGUGUGGCAAUACGACACUAUCGUUGACGAAAGAAUGACAGGGGAUAAGGCUGAAGUAAAAGUGCGCUGGUUGCCUUGUUCUCAGUGUGGCAAGGCCUGGGAGGACACAUGGGAGCCAGCCAGCCAGUUCCCUUCCUGAGCUUAGCACAGGACUCCUACAGCAGUGACCUGCAGUUCAAAUGAAUAUUUC